CUUUUCCCCCAUAUCACCACCUCUCUGCCUCUUGUCACAGUCAUAUACACCAACACCUCUCGCUUUCUAUUUCUCUUUCUCUCUCUUUCUGAUCUCUCUUUCUAAAUAUGUGGAAAUCCUUUGUUACCUCCAUUAACAAACUUUCGUUUUAUGAAGUAGAAGAGUCUAGGAAGCCUUUUCUUAAUGCAAAACCUAUAUACAGAGAUGAGCUAGAGAAUAAGGCAUCAAAAAAGAAGGCAGAGAAGAAAAGAGACCCUUCUGCACAUUCAAAACCAAAAGAAGAUGGGAAGGAUUUUGAGAAGAAAAGCUAUGGAUCUAGUACUAGUGCUGACAAAAAGGAGGUGAUUACAGUAAAAGUCAGGAUGACAAAACAAGAAGCAGCUCGAAUGUUGUCCAAGUGCAAAGAUGGAGGGUUCCUUGACUUCAAAGAUGUGGCACAUGAGCUUGCGCACAUACCACCAGAUCGUGUUAAUAUUGUGUCAGCUGAAGCUAGAAAUGGUCAAGUGCUUAAGAGCAUCCCAGAAGAGGUUUAGAUGUAUUACUUUUAUUAAUGUUACUAUUGAUAGAAGAAUUCCCUAUUCUUUUCUCUUCUUUUUCCCCCUUCAAUCUUUUAUUAAUUCUUUUGGUAAGAGAACUGUUAAAACAAUCCAUAUAGACAUAUACCCUUUGUCUCAUCAGCUAGGAAGUCUUUGAUGGUUUAUCAAGGCAACUUCCAAUAUUUGUUAUAAAA